ACGAGUUGCUCUGGCCUGGCGGAGAGGACGAAUCCAGUUUUAUCUGCAGGCCGGCCGGCUGCUCCCACCACCCGCUCGAUCUUCACCCGCCACGCCCACGCACGAAAUAUACCCACCCAAACGCGUUUGAUAUCUGAAAACCACGAGCUGAUCGGUACGGCAGGGAACGUGCGUCCUGUAGCGGCGGAGGAAGCAAUGGAGGCGGCAGUAGCGGCGGAGGUGAGCAACAAGAGGGUGAUCCUGAAGCGGCACGUGACGGGGUUCCCCACCGAGGACGACAUGGAGGUCGUCACGGCGACGGUGAGCCUGGCCGUCCCGCCCGGGUUGGCGGCGGUGGUGGUGAAGAACCUCUACCUCUCUUGCGAUCCCUACAUGCGCAGGCGGAUGACCAAGCACUCGGAGCCCAGCUACCCGGAAUUCGUCCUCGGGGAGGUUAUAACUACUUUUGGCGUGAGCAAGGUGGUAGAAUCCGGGCACCCGGAUUUCAAGGCAGGUGAUCUGGUGUGGGGAAUGACAGCAUGUGAAGAAUACACCUUGAUCAAUAAGCCUGGGUCGAUUUUCAAGAUCAACCACCCUGAAUUACCGCUGUCAUACUACACAGGUGUUCUUGGCAUGCCUGGCCUUACUGCAUUUUCUGGAUUCUUCAACGUGGCCAAGCCAAAAAAAGGCGACUAUGUCUUUGUAUCGGCGGCAUCAGGCGCCGUCGGACAGCUUGUUGGGCAGCUUGCCAAGAUCACAGGCUGCUAUGUGGUUGGCAGUGCUGGUUCUGAUGAGAAGGUCAACCUCCUGAAAACAAAGUUUGGAUUCGACGAUGCCUUCAACUACAAGAAGGAGCAUGACCUCAACGCCGUGCUAAAGAGGUGCUUCCAGCAGGGCAUCGACAUCUACUUCGACAAUGUUGGUGGCACGAUGUUAGAUGCGGCACUACUCAACAUGAGGCUGCACGGGCGGGUGGCCGUGUGCGGGAUGAUCUCGCAGUACAACUUGGAGCAUCCUGAGGGCGUGCGCAACCUCGCAUGCGUCGUCACCAAGCGCAUCCGCAUAGAGGGGUUCCGAGUGAUAGAGUACUUCGGCACCUACCGCAAGUUCGAAGAGGAGAUGGCGGGUCACCUCAAGGAAGGAAACAUUACAUACAUGGAGGAUGUCGCCGAGGGGAUCGAGAAGGUGCCGGCGGCACUUGUCGGGCUCUUCUACGGGCGCAACAUCGGAAAGCAGUUGGUGGCCAUUGCACCAGAGUGA